UGAAAUGCAUUUCUUAUCUAUGCAGAGCCUGCCAGAAAAAUACAUUUUGCAAUCAGAUCUAUAUUCAUGCAUUGCUGAAUAUAUUUUGGGGGGCUGUAGGGAAGGAAGCACUAGCCAGAUCGAUGUCACUCUGAGUCCAGAGCCAUCUCUGACCUUCCGCACCAUUGGAGGAAUCCUCGAUUUCUACGUCUUCUUGGGCCCAACCCCUGAAAAUGUAAUCCAGCAAUACACAGAGGCCAUUGGACGUCCACAUCUUCCUCCCUAUUGGUCUCUGGGAUACCAGCUGUCACGAUGGGGAUAUCCCAGCAUUGAUGUAGUGAAGCAAACUGUCAAUCGCAUGGAGCAAUAUGGCAUCCCACAUGAUGUUCAAUAUGCGGACAUUGAUUAUAUGGAAAACAAGUUGGACUUCACUUACGACAAAGACAAUUAUGCUGGUCUGCCAGAGUACAUUCAAGAGCUGAAGAAAGAUGGAUUGCACUACGUUAUUAUUCUGGAUCCUUUCCUAAGUAAAGAUCAGUCUAGAGGGACUUACCAGCCAUAUGAACUUGGACAACAUUUUGGACUCUGGGUGAAUAAUUCGGAUGGAGUGACAGCAGCCGUUGGCAAGGCCUUGCCUCCAGGCGAAUCAGUGUAUCCUGACUUUCUCAACCCCCGAACAGCUGACUGGUGGACCUAUAUGUGUGCUAAGUUCCACGACGUCCUUCCUUAUGAUGGAAUUUGGAUUGAUAUGAAUGAACCAUCCAAUUUUCUAAAUGGCCAGUACCCAGCCUGUGCCCACAACAAUCUCAACUACCCUCCAUACAUUCCCAGAAUUUCUGAUUCGUCCCUGUUUCAUAGCACAUUAUGUCCAGAUUCUUCAACCUAUCUGGGAAAGCACUAUGACACGCAUUCCUUAUUUGGAUGGGCAGAAGCACCACCUACUUUCAGGGCUGUCCAGGAAGCCACAGGGAAAAGACCUUUUGUCUUGAGUCGCUCUACUUUUGUUGGAAAUGGAAAAUAUGCGGCUCAUUGGCUAGGAGACAACCAUGCCCUCUGGGAAGAUAUGCACUUGUCUAUCAUUGGAAUUUUGGAGUUCAAUCUUUUUGGAAUUCCACAAGUUGGUGCUGAUAUUUGUGGCUUUUACUUUGAUACCAGUUUUGAACUCUGCCUGCGCUGGACACAGCUUGGUGCAUUUUAUCCCUUAGCCAGGAACCACAAUGCACUUGGUCAGAAGGAACAAGACCCUGGAGUGUUUGGGAUUGAGUUUGCUACAAUUGCUCGUACAGUUCUCCAGAUUAGAUACUCUCUUCUGCCUUACUUAUACACCUUGUUCUUUGAAGCCCAUGCUUUUGGAAAUACUGUGGCCCGAGGGCUAAUGCAUGAGUUUACAGAUGACCCUGAGACCCACGGAAUCGACACUGCUUUUCUUUGGGGAUCUGCUCUUAUGAUUGCUCCAGUUCUUCAAGAGGGAGCAAGAUCAGUGGAUGUAUACUUCCCAGACGCAACCUGGUUUGAUUACUACACAGGUGAUAAAGUCCCAGCUUCAUCGCACAACAAAUAUAUCAGUGUUCAUGCUCCACUGGAAAAGAUACCGCUGUUUAUCCGAGGAGGAUACAUUUUGCCAACACAAACGCCAGCCACAAGAACUGCUAAGAGCCGCCUGAAUCCAUUUGGACUCAUUGUUGCUCUGGAUGAAAAGGGUGAAGCCUCUGGCUCUCUCUUCUGGGAUGAUGGUGAAUCUGUUGACACUGUCACCAACGGGAACUAUUUCCUGGCCAAGUAUACAUACAGAGAAGGGCACCUGAAGACAAGAAUUGUUAAUAACAACUACCGGGCUGUGGAUUCGCUGGUAUAUGACACAAUCCAGAUCCUUGGUGUAACUUCAAGACCUAAAGCUGUUCUUCUGAAUGGAAAAGCCAUCAGAAAUGACAUACACUACCAGGAGAAUGGGAAACUUACCAUUCAUCUUUCUGCACCACUUGCUGAAGAUUUGGACAUCACAAUUCAGUAGACGAUUCAAGAAAUCAAAUUGUGGGUUGUGUGAUUUAAACACUAAUUUUGGGCAUCUUUAUCUAAGUCUGAUGGGCAUCUUUUUGGGUAUCUUUAUCUUUAAAAUUCUGUUGCAUAUCUUGUGAAUGAUCGUCCUUCUGGAAAAUGAAAUAAAGUAGUAGCUUGUACUUAAAA